UCUCCAGGUUAAUACAUCUGCCCCCAUGUUCCUGGAGCACCUUCACUCCACCUAACUCUACUUGAUCUAGACUUUUGCUCUUGUGCAAAUACUGCCAUCUUGCUCCGAUAAUCCAUGUGCCAGAACAGAUGCAUUUUUGUAAAUUGAGAUGCAGAUUUAAUUCAAAGCACUGUGUAUCGAACUACUUUCUCUUCAUAAAUGCCCUUCAGUAGGAGAAAAUCUAUCUGGGUGUACCAGGGUUCACUGAUGUACCUAUUUAGGCAUGAAAAUAACCAUAGAUACUAUUGAUCAGGGCCUCUAAUAUACUAUGCAUCAUAUCUUACACAGAACUGAAGCUCCCAGAAGGCUAGAAGAUGUUGGCUCCGGUCACAUUUGGACGUAAACGCCCCCUGCCUUCCUGCCCAAACCCCUUGUUUCUAAAGUGGCUGACAGAGUGGAGGGAUUCUACUGCUGAGAAAGGGUUGAAAACACAAUAUGUGUACCAAAAGGCCAUCAGUUCGCUGAAGAAGUACCCUCUGCCCCUACGUAGUGGAAAGGAAGCUAAAAUUCUGCAAAACUUUGGGGACGGAAUCUGUAAGAUGUUGGACCAGAGGCUGGAAAAGUAUUACGCUGAGCAUGGUCCCAAUGCUCCAAUUCAUUCUCUUCCUGGUAUUAGCAAUGUAGGUAGAAACCAGCAGAAAGAGCCCUCUCCUCUUUCAAUCCAGCCUGUGCAGGAAGAGAACCAGGAACCAUGUCUCUUGAAAAAGAAAAAGGCAGAUGGGAAAAAACAGCGGGAGUACGUGCCGCAGAGAAGGUCGGGUGGCUAUGCAGUCCUGCUCACCCUCUACAAAGAUAGCAAGAAUCCAAAUUCCAGAGGUUACAUGACCAAGGCAGAGCUGCAGAGAGAUGCUCAGUCUUUGUGUGACAAGUCAUUCACUCUGACUGACCCCAGCAAUAGGUACACAGCCUGGUCUUCUGUUAGUACAUUAAUCCAGAAGGAUUUGGUCAUCAAAACUCACAGCCCAGCCAGAUAUUCCCUAACAGAGAAAGGACUUGAGCUGGCUCAAAGAUUGGAGGUUGCUGAGCAAGCGCCCGAUGACAGGAGUGAUGGAACCAGGCGAGCAGGUGACAUCUCACCUGAAGAAGACAUAGAGGACACUGAUACAAUGGCUUGUAGAGAAAGUAGUAACCCAAAUACCCUACUUCCCUUGUAUAAGACACUCACUGUGUCCUCAUCCUCCACUUCUUCCUCAUUGGUCAACAGUAAACAGUCCCCUGAAGAUCCCGCGCCCAGAUCUUAUAACCAUGUGCCUGAUUUCACUCUGCUACCAGGACAAUUCAACAUAUUACUUUGUGUUGAUUUCAUUGAGACUACAGGGGGUGCUGCACAUAGGAAACAGGAAUUGGUUUCAGAACUGAAAAGGAAUGGAGUGAAUUUCGACGUACGUAAGCUACACAUUGGAGACUUUCUGUGGGUAGCGCAGGAGAAAGUCACACCUGUGCCAGGACAAUUGCGAAUCCCACAAGCACGAGAGCUAGUGCUAGACUAUGUCAUUGAGAGGAAAAGAAUGGAUGAUCUUUGUGGAAGUAUUAUAGAUGGACGAUUUCGGGAGCAAAAGUUCCGCCUGAAGAGGUGUGGUCUGCGUCACCCAAUAUACCUGGUGGAAAAUUAUGGGUCAGCACAACACCUGAGUAUCCCUGAAACCACCUUGCAGCAGGCCAUAGUGAACACACAGGUGAUAGAUGGAUUCUUUGUCAAGCGUACCAAAGAUGUACGGGAGUCUGCUGCAUACCUGACCAUAAUGACCCGCUAUCUGCAAAGCAUGUACUCGAACAAAACCUUGCUGAGCUGCACCAAGGAGGAGGCCAGCACAUGUGAUGGAGUAUUGCACCAUGAUGCCCAAAGCUGUAUUCUUAUGGAGUUCAAAGAAUUUAAUGAGGGGGCUAUGAAGAAUAAGGCUCAGACAGUGAAAGAAGUGUUUGCACGGCAGCUGAUGCAAAUAAGUGGGGUGAGCGGUGAGAAGGCAACUGCUAUUCUGGAGAAAUACAGCACCCCAGCCAGCCUACUGUCUGCAUAUGAGCUGUGCUCUAUCACUGAAGAGAGGGAGAAGCUGCUCUCCAACGUGAAAUGUGGCAAGCUUCAGAGAAACCUUGGCCCGGUUCUGAGCAAAACUUUAUCCCAGCUAUACUGCACUAAGGAAGCAUUGUCCUGAUGUACCCGAGGCAAGAUGAAGCAACGUUCGCCAUUUGACAUUGUACGCUACAUUUUUGAAUGUGGUAAUGGAGCCAUGGGCUACUUCUUAGUCUGAGGAAAUUUCCUGAAAACUUCAGAAUUUACAAACAGGAUAUUUAGUUUCCAGAAAAGUGACUAAAAAUGUCAAAUAUGAGCCAUAUAAUAAAAUACUAAGUACUUUCACUCUUCUUUGUGGCAGAAGAACUGACCUCUUGUUUGACCAAGAUUAGUAAUCAGUCAAUGACAUUACUUAGUUUGAUUCCAUAACAUUAAAUUGGUGGUGCACUUCUGGAGAACGCUCUGGAGCCAAGAACUGAACCUGGAGCAACCAGUCCGGCCAUAACUCUUCAAUGUAAAUAUUCUGUAGUAAUACCCAUUUAUUGCGCCGAGCUAGUGCUUUGCUUAUCGGCACCAAGCUUCAGGGGGCAACUUCCUAUAUAUUUUUAUACAUUUGGGACAUUUCUCAUUGAGCAGGUUUGGUCCAGAACAUCUUUAAUGUAAAAGAUGGCACCACAUUCAUUGGGCGGUUUUGAGAUCCACCUGCAAAGCUAAAAUCUGUCACAUUGUGUCCCUUAUUAUAUUUAGAAUUGUGUGCUUACCACUGUUCUUCCAUUUGUCAUUCCAAGUGGGAUUGUCCAAAUGUUAUGAAACUGGUACAAGCUGCUGCUGACUUGUAACUUCUCUUUCUAUUUCAGUCUAGUUCUGGUCACUGCAAAAAUAUAUUGUAAUCACUGUUAAUAUUUUGUACUAGCACUGCUGAAUUAUGUCUGUCUGAUCUUCCAUUCUCUUGUAUUUUUCAAUAAAAUGUUUUGCAGAAAA